CUGGCUUUCCCGCUAGUCGGCGUUAAUAUCGGGAAAUCCGUACCGAGAGGAAUUUCACGACUUCAGUCCUCUCGAAGUGAUGAACGCCGUCGCGUGCGUCCGCAUUACGUGAAAAUUACGCGCGCCGCAUGCACGCAUCGCGCACACCUUUCAACUUUUACAACGCGCAAAUAAAUCGCGACAAAAAAAAUAAUCGAAAUUUAUUCCACGCACGUAAAUAAUCCGAACGAAAAAGAAAAAAAUAUAAACUCAUAGUUGUGAAGUUUUUAAUUUAAAAUUCGUGCGCGUGAAAAAUUUUAAUUGGUAAUUACAUAGCACUGAGGCUCAAGGAUAUUUUGUUACCGACCAAAGAGUGGGGUAUUGAUAAUUACUAUUUGCAUUUUAAUUGCGAAUUAUAUCAAUUUCAAUUUUUAUUUCCGUUUUGCAUAUUUUACGCGGCUUUGUCACAGUCACAGUCAGUUUUUCGUUGUUUUUUCGCGGGCACGUAGAUAAUGAAAUACUAAUAAAGUUUUAGUUACUUGUGCACUUUCAUUUGACGGCAAUAACAUCAAGUGCAGCGGUGCCAAUGUGCGCCAUAUUGUGGCAUACAAGCCGCAUGUUUUGAUUGCAUUUUUUGCCAAUUUUCCAAAUUUCUCACAAAUAACAUAUUGCGCGUUAAAUUUUAGUGCAGUCUUUCAAUUACUCCAACUUGUCACAACCCUACGGGCGUGUGUCUCAUGUUCGUUGUCUCUCGUGUCUUGAUUAUCUAGUUAAUUUAAAAUUAAUGCCUCUUUAGCCAAGUUUGCGGACGGCUUUCUUGAGAGCUUUUCAAUUUGCGAGCGCGCAAAGUUGUUAUCAAUGCCCCGGUAUUAAUAACGCCUAACCAUAAACGUAAAAUGCUUAUCUUGCCCCACGCUCCGUAUUUUUAGCGGUUAGUUAAGACUUUCGCGUUCGGAGUGCGGCCGCACGGAUUUGCGCCGUUUAGACGCAGAAGAGCGUAAAUGUGCAACGCAAUCUACGCUCGGCGAAAAGCGCGCAAAAACAAACAAGAUUUUUGAGCGGGGACGGCGCCGCAUUCGAAAUACGUUUGGGAUUUACUAAUGGUUCUACGACAGGCGCACCACCACCGACGGCGAAUGGGAAAACGCUCCUCCAACAUGAAUUGCAUCGUCGGCGUGCUCGUGUUGUGCACCAUUGCGUUUCAGCCAGCACAUAUCGGCGUUUCCGGUUUGAAAGACAUGCACAUCAAAGUACCGGAAGCAGUGCGCGUCGGCGACACGGUGACGCUCGCCUGCGAUUACGACCUGGAGCAGGUGGCGCUCUACACAAUCAAAUGGUAUCAUCAUGGUGUGGAAUUCUACAGAUACGUGCCAAAGGAGUCACCUCCGUCAUUGGUCUUCAAUCUACCAAGCAUCGAAGUUGAUAUCUACCGGUCCAACUCGAGGGAAGUUACACUACGGAACGUACACCGUGAGACUUCCGGAAUGUUCAAGUGUGAAGUUUCAGCGGAUGCGCCACUCUUCCACACCGAAAUACGAGCCGCUCAUCUUCUAGUCGCAGAAGUACCAGAGGAUAAUCCAGUCCUCCGAACAGAAGUCCAUAAAAUCGCCCCCGGGGCAAAUAUCCGAGCGAACUGCACAACGCCGGGAUCAUUUCCACCAAUGAACAUUACGUGGUACAUAAAUGAUUCCAAGGAUCUACCGAAAUUUGUCCACAUCGAAGAGUCCAUCAAUCGCUAUGAUGCAUUACCGGGAUUGGAAAGCGUACGAUCAACGAUUUACAUGCGCGCGGCGCAGGACCUCUUCAAGAACGGCAAAAUGAAGCUCAAGUGCACUGCGACCAUGUUCCACCUGUAUUCCAAGGACACACAAACGGAACUUAUUGAGGAGGCGCCCUUAAUGGCGCUUGUGAUGGUAUCAACAACACCUAGCAAUGACGGUGUAAACACGUUCAAGUUUUCGUCAGCGACGAAAAUUCGACUGUACCUGUGCAACUACAUACUUAUCUACAUGGUCUUCAAGGUGAUCAGUCGCUAAGAUGAUAAACAAUCCACUUGUCAACCCUCUACUUAAAUUAAGUUAGUUAAUGUGGCGCGUAACGUGGUGAAACUUUUGAAAGUGACUGCCGGACAAGGUUCAUGUUAACAAUAACCAAGUGAUAGUGUAUUUUGUAAACGGUGAUAACAAGUAACUAACAAGUAACAAAUAACAUGGAAUAUGAAUUAAAGUACUACGUAAAUAUUUAAACAAAAAUUUAGUAAGGAUAGCGAAUAAUAAAACAUUAUUAUUAUUAUUAACUAUUCCAUAAAUAUUAAAAUAUUAUAAACUAAUACCUACUUGGGAUUUGUUUCGAUUGUAAGAUAAAUAUUACGAUAAAUCAAAAUGACUUGUAAGCAAAACACUUAACUUAAACCAAUAUUUAUUGAUGUGUUGAAAGAAGUUACGAAUAUAAAUUAAUGUCGGAGAAAAGCUUAUGAAGAUCUGCAUUUUGCAUGCGUUUUGUGUUUGGAUGCUGCAAUUACCCGAAAACCAAUUGCGAUGUGAUUAUUGUUUUAUUGGUUGCAUAUGCUUUGCAAAGUUUGAUACCGAUGCCCAUUGUUCCAAUUAAAGUAAACUAACCAGUAACCAAGUUUAUGCAGCGAUUGUAUUCCCUCUUCAAAUGACAUUCGUAUAUUGCGAAAUGAUACACGAUAAUCACUCGAUUGAUAAAUAUUAUACAGUUAGGAUAUUUUUUGUUUUAUGUGUGUAAUAUAUGCAACUAUAUUUGCAUUAUUUGUAUUGUUGGUUGCAUAUAUUACGCGUGAUAUAAAGCAGAAUGUAUAUAAGUGUUUAGUUUUCGGAAAUCGAUACAUUUUUCAACAACAGCAGAAAAAAAUAUAAUAAAACACUCUCCAACAUCCUACAAUUAUUUUAUUUUAUUUUUUGUUUUUUGUUUUACGUGUUUCUUAAUAUAUGCAACUAAAUUUUAUUAUUUGUAUUGUUGGUUGCAUAUAUUACAAUCGUUUAGUUUUUUACUACUUUUAAAUUAAAUUUUUAUGAUUUUUAUUGAUUUUUUGUUAUUUUGACGGCAGUUUCUUGCAGAUUUGCUAAAAAUUUCUUGUUUUCUUUUUUUUUUAUUAAAUUGUUUAGUAAAUGCCAAAAAUAGGCGUUUUUCUAAAUUUUUUUCAAUUUUUUAUGAUUUUCAUUAAUUAUUUUGUAAUUUUUUACAAAAUUUUUACAAAAAUCAAUUUUUGUCUUUUUUAUUAUUUUAUUCUUUGUUUCACGUGUUUCUUAAUAUAUGCAACCAUAUUUGCAUUAUUUGUAUUUUUGGUUGCAUAUAUUACACUACAAUCAAUACGUUUUACAAUAGGAAAAUAAAAUAAAAUAAAAUAAAAUGCUUUGCAACAUCCCACAAUUAAUUUUAGUUUUUUUCUCUGUUCUUGUUUCACACGGUUUCUGAAAGUUGUGCUCGGUUUGAACUCACUCGUGCUUUUUGUUCUUAUUUUUCGAAAGUUUCUUUUCGACAAUAAUUCCCGGCCGUGGAAGCUCUUAACGCCCUCACGUCUACACACCCCAACACACCCCAACAUGCGCCGUGGUUUUCUCUUAAUAAUUCUAUGAAGGAGCAAGCGAAAAGUUUUAUUUCGCCAAUUUUCUUCAUCCCCUACAACGUGAAAAAUCGUGCGCGUUAAACGCCGCCGAACCGAACCGAACUUUCCGCAAGUGUUUGCGGCUUUCAUCACGUGUUAAACAGCCAACCAAAUGCGAUUAAUUAAUGUGCUGCAUGUGAUGUUAUUUGUGUGUGUACCUAUAUGUUAAACGAAUCAAAAUAACGAGCAUGCCACGCAUCAAAAAAAAUAACUUUCGGUUUCGGAGAACGCUUCCUCUCAGUCAACACCUGAAUUGCUCAAAUAAAUUGUUGCAUAUUGUAAUCAUUUCACUUUGGCACACACUCAACUCCACGUAGCGGACAUUCACGUUUAUUUUUGUACAUAAAACCAACGUUUUCACAUUGAUAUAUUUAUGUAAAACUAUCUGAUGAGACGUAAAUGUAAGGAUAAGCAAGUUUAUGAAAAGGAAUUGUAAAAAAAUGUUAUUUAAUGUUACAUACGUAUAAAAAAUUAAUUUAAUUAUAUAUUAUCCAAUCAAUUAUUACGAUGUGAAGCAACGUUUUUAUUAGGGCAAUAAAUAAUUUAUAACUUAGUAUAUUCACUAAAUAAGCCGCAUCAACGCAACCAAAAUAAUUUUCAUUUCGAUGUUUUGAAUGUUUAUAACGUUGAUUUCAAACAAAACAAAAACUGAAUAUGUACAUACAAAAGAACACAAUAUACGGUAGAAACCCCACAUCGAAUUACUAUAAACAAUAAUUGUGUAUUAUAUUUUUGUGGCAAACGGGGGGGAAAAAUAAUGCCUAAUCCAGGAAUAUCGUCGGCGCUUGUGUUGUGUUCGCUCGUAUGGCGGAGGCGCCGGGCAAGCGUGUUUCGUGGAGCAGCGGGAUAUAAAUUAAAUCUGUAAUCCACAGGAAGUAGGUGCUUUCCGCUGCAAGCGAUCGCCGGUGCGCUGGUAUCGCUGAAAAAUGUAGGCGGCGCGGGCCGCACGGAAUUUAUGUCUUUCUAAUUUGUUUCUGCUCAAAACCACACAGCCCCCAGCCGCAGCUCUUGAAACUGCAAACCUGCACCAGCGCCCCGUGGCCGAAGAGAGAAUGGGAGCGUGAACACGCCCGUGCAUUUAUUUAUGGAUUUGUAUUAAUUUUCUCCCUUGGAGGGACGCAAACACCUCGGAAUUAUGAUGCGUACUUACUAAAUAACAUGAAUGUGUAAUAGAACAGUGAAUAUAAUAAAGUAUUAUACGUUUUACAGAAAAAAAAA